CUUCCCUGUGCGCUUUGCACCUGACCUGUGAGCAGCCCGCCCUUGUUCUCCCAUCGGUGAUGGUGCUGAGAGAGCUGCAGGGAAAGGAAGACGGCCAGGCCAUGCUUGUGUCCGACACACGGGUGGGGGAACUGGCCGUGGCUGUGAUUCUGGUAGCAUCGGUAACCGCAGACAAGCGAUGAGGGAAGUGUCAGUGCGAGUGUGCCAAACAUAGCUGAGAGCAUUUGGCCUGGUGGAUGAGUGGUCCCCACGUGUGUCCUUGUCUUGUUUUGCUCGCUACGUUGAAGUCAUUCUGGGCAUGGCUGCUCAUGCUGCCCAUCGCUUUCAUUUACGGGGCAGAGCAGAAAUGUAAAUAGUGAAGUUCUGGAGAAGCUCGAGGUAGCUUUCUGCUGCAUCGGCACACUCAUUUCUGAAUUAGCUGCUUCUCUCGACAAUAAAUCUAAGUGAAAUUGAAACCACUUUUCAGAUUGCUUCCAACCGCUGCUGAUGACAGCUUUCAAAAAACAAGCUGCUUCUCCGAAUGUGAAAACCCUCACUGAAACAGAAAACAACAGGAAAAUAUUAGCUCAGGCAUCACUGGAACGGAUGAGUGAUGGGAUUUCAGAAGGGCUGUCUGUGCAUGCACACAGGCACAUACUAGGAAACACAACCCUAGAGAGAAGUUCAGAGUUCCCGGUUACUUCGCAAAUAAUAUGUUUCCUUAAAUCACUUGGUGAGAUUUGCUGUGCAUGUUAAGUUGCUAUGGCAUCCCGAGAUCAUCCAACAACAUUUGCUAGAUUUUUAUCUGCGGCUCGUUAACCACACUGAGCAAAUUGAAAAUCCCCGGUUACACUGCGCUCUAUAUCAUAUCCUGUCAGAUAAGCCUGAAGAACAAGCUUCACGCAUGCAGCGUGACCGUGUGCGGCAGGCUGGCAGAGCUCGUGAAGUAGGAUGACACCUGUCUGACAUACCGCCCGGGGACUGGCAAACGUCGCGUGGAACACGCCGCUGCUGUAUAAAUAGGAGCGGGACAGAAAAAUGCUUAGAUGUUGAGAGAAGGCUGGGACGGCUUCUUCAGCGAGAGGACAGCGAAGCAGCUAGACAACUUGCUGAGCUUGUGCGUUCUUCCUUAACGCUUGUGCUUUGUUAUUUCUGAUCUUUCCCCCACCUGAAGCUGAUGCCUGCUGGACGAGGCUGGGAGGACGGCAGCGCUGCGUUCGAGAGGAGCAUCGAUGCUCGCUGGGAUGGCGCUGGCCACUUCUAGCAAGCCAGCGCCACCACGCUCCAGGAGAGUUUCUGCAGCAGGGAUGGAAGUGCAUCACAGCAAGCUGGACUUUUUCUGCAAGCUGGGCUACAGUAAGCAGGACAUCUGCAAAGUGCUGGAGAACCUGGGCCAAGAGGCCCUGGAGGACGACGUGCUGAAAGAGCUGAUUCGGAUGGGGAGCAAACCCCAGGAUCUGGAGAGCCAGGCUCAGCCCGCCCCGCCAAAGCUCAUUGCUCGGGGGUCCUGUAGCACUUCUCCAGUGUCACAGUGGCUUGGAGGAGACGAAAGUGGUUCCUCCAGUCACUUGAGACCCAUUGUGAUCGAUGGCAGCAACGUCGCAAUGAGCCAUGGAAACAAAGAGGUCUUUUCCUGCUGGGGGAUCCGCCUGGCGGUGGACUGGUUCCGAGAGAGGGGCCACACCUACAUCAAAGUUUUUGUCCCGCUCUGGAGAAAGGAGCCCCCUCGACAAGACAGUCCCAUUGCAGAUCAGCACAUUCUUGAGGAGCUUGAGAAGCAGUCGAUCCUUGUGUAUACCCCAUCUCGGAAGGUGAAAGGCAAGAGGGUGGUUUGCUACGAUGAUCGCUACAUCGUGAAAGUUGCUUAUGAGAAAGACGGAGUCAUUGUCUCCAAUGACCAUUAUCGGGAUCUCCAGAAUGAAAACCCUGAGUGGAAGUGGUUUAUUGAGCAGCGGCUGCUCAUGUACUCGUUUGUCAGUAACAGGUUUAUGCCUCCUGAUGACCCCCUAGGCCGGCACGGACCCACUCUUAAUAAUUUCCUCAGCAAAAAGCCAGUACUUCCUGAACCAACGUGGCAACCUUGUCCCUACGGUAAAAAAUGCACCUAUGGCAAUAAAUGCAAGUUCUACCACCCAGAGAGGCCACAUCAAGCUCAGCUGUCGGUUGCUGAUGAGCUCAGAGCCAAAAUAAAGGUGCCUGUAAGCCUGGGGAAGGAGGAGGAGCCAUGCAGCCACUCUCCAUGCCGGACUGGCGGAGAUCCCGUGCCCCAUGACACUGGCACAGAAACACUGCAGGGAACCAACAGUGGUGUGGGGCCCUCCUGCUACACAGCCUGGUCCCCAGGAAGCUACUGCCCACGGCUGGCUGACGCUUGGGCCAUUGGCCCUGACUCUGUCCUGGAGCAGGACCAGAGGCUGCCAGACGCCCUGAGGGACGGAGCCCUCGUGGACGAGAUGUCGGCGCUCUCCAUCAGCAACGAGGUGUUUGGUGGAGCCAGGCCAGCCCGUGCCCCCCAGGACCAAGAGGCGGCCGACAGCCCCUGGGGCUGCUGUAGCCUCAGGCACGGCCCCUUCCUGCUCCACCACCACCACCCCUCGGACUGCACCUGGAGGCACGUGGAGCGCCGCUGGCCCCAGGAGCGCCCACAGGGGCCCAGUAGCCACUGCCUCCCCCCCAGGCCUCAGCACGGCCCAGCCCUGCAAGCACAGCAGCAGCAGCACCUCCUGCCACCCUCCACAGUGCCUCCACCUGGGCUGCUGCAGGGCUAUGCUGAGCAGCCUGCACCAUCCCGCCGCUGCUUCUCCAGCCAGCCCCUGCUGCUGGAUGCCAGCGACGGGCUCAGCUUCUUCCAGAAAGCCUACGCUUACCCUGAUGCUGCUUACUGCAGUUACUGGCCGCCCCCCGCUGCAAGACCUCCUUGUGCCCAGCAGGCCAGCAUCCACGGGGAGCUGUGCGCCGUGUUCUCCUGUGCUGAGGUGAACCAAGUCAUGGCCUUGUACCCCGAUAUCAAGGAUAUCGCUAGUCUGACGUUACUGAUUCAAAGACACAGGAACCUGUGAAAACUCCAGGUUGAGCUUCCCGGCAAAUGCAGAGCUGCUGUUCUGAGGGUUAUCUCAGUGUUAUUGAAGAGCUUAUGGCUGUUCACGUAGCGCACAUCUAAGCCUCAACCAGCUACGGUGCACGGAGUGUCAAGUCAAAGCAACCGUUGUGGUUCACAGCAGUGGGGACCUCAGUCACCUUGCUUGGAAGUGAAUAGGAGGGCUUGG